GUGACAAGAAACACUUUGUUUUGGUAACGUUACACAACACAAGACGUUAUUUUUGUAUCAGCGCUUUAAUACAUUUUCUUUGCGUAGUGAAGUUUGUACAAAAAGCAUUUACCGCAAAUUUUUAAAAAUGAGUGUCAAAAAGCAACAAACUCGUCCCAAACGUAUUUUCAUCAACGACGUCGACAGGUAUUCGUCCAGACACAUCGCCCAGUUUUUAUCGACAUGCGUACCCGGAGAGUCCUCGGAGGAUGCCGAAGCAGAGGAGACUCUGGCCUCCCGUGAACCUGCUUUCCAAAUAGUGGGAACUGUGUCUCCUUCCACCAAAGAUGAAAAAGAAAGAUUUCUACUUGAGCAGUAUGCGUCACCAGCUCGAGAUGAGCUUCUUGAGCGCCUGUGGGAGUGUGAUGUAGUGGUUUACAACAUCUCAGAAAGUGCCACACAACAGCAGGUUAAAGAAGCAACAUGGGCAAUCACAACCCUUCAUGCUGAGAUGGAGAAUUUCAAGUCUCGGAAAAUGUUCAUCUUAGUCUCAACUGUGAUGACUUGGGCCAUGACCAAACCAGAGAGUCCGGAUGAAGGAGACGCUCUUCUAACAGAGGAGGAGUUCAGAAGAAAAAGGCCACAUCCCAGCUUCAGAAACCACAACAAUCUGGAGAAACUUGUGCUCAAACUGGGUAAAGGUAAAAAGUCCAAACUCACUUGCUAUGUGGUGGCUUCUGGUCUUCAGUAUGGAAAGGGCGAGAACCUCUUUCACUACUUUUUCAAGGUGUCUUGGUUGAUGCAGUUUCCAAAGGUUCCUCUAUUUGGACAGGGCACAAAUUAUAUCCCCAUGAUCCACGUAAAUGACCUCGGAGGAGUGAUUCAAAACAUCAUUGAACUCAAGCCAAAGUCAAAAUUCAUUCUUGCUGUCGAUGACUCCAAGAACACUUUGGAGGAUAUUGUAAAGAGGAUAAGUGAUAUACUUGGGCCAGGAAAAAUUAACAAAGUCGCAGAGCAGGAAGCCAUCACCAUGAAGGCUUUUAAGCCAGGGGAACUGGAGUACUUAAGUAUCAACCUCCGCCUGGAUGCUUUUAUCAUAAAAGACCUCUUCAGUCUCCGCUGGACGUCUGAAGCAGGGAUGGUUGAAAACAUGGAGAGCAUUGUGGAAGAGUACAAAGACACAAGGCAGCUACUUCCAAUCAGAAUCUGCCUGUUUGGACCUCCAGCUGUGGGCAAAACCACUGUUGCAGAGAAGCUCUGCAGUCAUUACCAGAUACACCACAUCAAGAUCAAGGAGGUCAUUGAUGAAAAGAUCACACAACUGAAGGAGAUAGUGAAUGAAGUUGACCCUGAAAAUGUCAGUGAGGAGGUAGCAGCUGCUGCACAGAUACAACUGGACAUUUUAAACAAAAGCAUGGAAAUGAAUGCAGGUCGACUGGCCGACCAUCUAGUUUUUGACAUUUUGCAAGAAAAGCUGAAUUCAAAGCCAUGCAGGAACCAAGGAUUUGUUCUCAAUGGCUUCCCGAAGACAUAUGAGCAAGCAAAGCUGAUUUUCUCUGAUGAGGACACGGAGAACCAGAAUUUGAUGUCCAAAGCACCUGUGUACAACAAGAAGAUCACUCCAGAGCAUGUUUUUGCUCUAAAUGCAACAGAUGAUUUUCUGACGAAGAGAGCACAGAGACUUCCACAGAGUGUGGCAGAGAAAAUGCGCUACACCGAGGAGGAAUUUGUCCCUCGCCUGACGAGAUACAGACAACACAGUACUGCUGAGGAAACCCUGCUGGACUACUUUGAUGAGCUUGAAAUCUACCCAGAACAUAUUGUAAGUAUGACUUGUUCCUCUCCAGAAGUCACCACAGAUGAUUCAGAGUACACAGAUGUUAUGAAGAAAAUCACUGAGAUGGUGGGGACUCCAAAGAACUAUGGCAUGAGUCCAGAGGAGCUGGAGGAGGAGAAGAGAAAGAAAGAAGAAGAGCAGAAGCAGAAACUGGCUACAGAGGCUGCUGAGAGGAAACACAGGAAUGAAGCUGCGCUGGCCGAGAUGGCUGCUCAGUAUGAAGAGUGGCAAAAGAAUUUGUCUGAGGUGAAGAGACAGGAGCGUGAGCUGUUGGAGGCUCACUGUCUUCCUCUGAGGAACUACCUGAUGAAGUAUGUGAUGCCCUCGCUCACUGAGGCCAUGUUAGAGUGCAGCAAGGUCAAACCAGAGGACCCUGUCGACUUUCUGGCUGAAUAUCUUCUACGGAACAACCAAUAAGAAUAACAUUUAGUCUAAUGUGGAACUUAUCCAAUACAUGUUAUUAAUUUACAUCAUUUAAAGUUGUGUUUAUUAUACAGUACUAAACAUAAUGAAAAGAUGAUUGUAAAUUGAAAAGAGUGCUGCAUCUGUAGUUGUGACUUGAAGAAUUUAUUCAUAAAAACCACCAACAUA